AUUAUUAUACUGUAAAAACUAGGGUUCUGAUUGCCGAAAGUCAUUUGAGCCCUGCAGUUGUUCAUCCUCUCCGUCUUCAAUCUUCACCCAUCACGACAAGCAGGUUUAAGGCUUUAAAACAUCCCUCCGACGAUUACUUGAUUUGAUUUGUUCUUAGCCAGAUGUCGGAUAAACGAAACAUACAAGAUCAGCAACGCAGAUUGCUCGCUGAGAAGUACGAAUUAAGGAGAAAACUGUACAAAGCGUUCUCUAAAGAUACCGAUCUUCCAAAUGACGUGCGGGAGAAACAUCGUUGUAAGCUGGCUGAUUUGCCGAGAAACAGUUCGUUCACUCGAGCAGUGAAUCGGUGUGUUUUCACUGGUCGUGCUCGUUCCGUUUAUCAGAUGUUUCGAGUUUCUCGUAUCGUGUUUCGUGAUUUAGCAUCCCGAGGUCUUUUGCACGGAGUUAAGAAAGCGUCGUGGUAGAAUCGUAGAGUCAAUUUGAGAAACAGGUCAGCUUUUCCUGAUCUGUUUGAUAGACGAUUGUUGUUGAAUUAGCUACUGUUUUUUCUUUGCUUGUAAGUCUUACUUGAAUGCAUUGUUGAAGCCGAUCAAAUAAGUGCUGAUUCUGUUGAAUAUUCCAGAACGGGAAUCAGAUUGGAUAUGUUGAUCCUGUGAAACUUGCAACAUGAAAUUGUGUUUUGAUUAAACUGAUUCUGUGAACUUGGAACUGGAAAUUUGUUUGAUUAACUUGAUUCUGUUCCUUGUUA